CAUCCCAUCACUGGUGGGGUUAUAUCGCUUUUCCCCUCCAUCUGAAAUCCUGACUCACCAAACCCGAAUUGCAAUACAACCUCACAAAGGAAAUACUGCAAUUACACAUCAGCUAUGGCCGACGCUCUCGAUCCCGCGAAUGCCUCGAAGGCAACUCUGAAGCUGGAAAAUACCGAGAAGCGCGACGCUCUGAUCGCAAUCGAAAAAAAAUACCAGAAAUACUGGCAAGACAGCCAUGUAUUCGAGACAGAUGCCCCCACCCUCGCGGAAGACCCUACGACCGACCCCGAUGAGCUGCGCGAGCGAAACCCUAAAUUCUUCAGCUGCAUGGCCUACCCGUACAUGAACGGUACUCUCCAUGCUGGACACUCGUUUUCCCUGAGCAAGGUCGAGUUCCAGACUGGCUUUGCCAGGAUGCAGGGAAAGAGGGCACUGUUCCCGCUGGGUUUCCAUUGCACGGGAAUGCCGAUCAAGGCUUGCGCCGACAAGUUGGCGCGGGAAGUUGAAUUGUUCGGGAAACAUUUCGACAGUGCUUUGGUGGAAGAAGAGGCCGACAAGGAACCUGCGCCUCCGCCCAGCAAUGCUGUCGCAAAGGAAGAUCCUACAAAAUUCGCAGCAAAGAAAGGAAAGGCCGCGUCGAAGGCUAUCAAGCUGCGGUGGCAGUUCCAGAUCAUGCAGGCGAUCGGGAUUCCUCUGGAGGAAAUCCACAAAUUCGCCGAUCCCCCGUACUGGCUGACGUACUUCCCUCCUCUGUGCAAGAGGGACUGUAACUCCCUGGGACUGCGUAUCGACUGGCGUCGUUCGGUGAUCACCACUGAUGCGAAUCCAUACUACGAUGCCUUUGUGCGCUGGCAGAUGAACAGACUGCGGGAGCUCGGAAAAAUCAAAUACGGGGAGCGAUACACGGUCUACUCCCCUAAAGACGGCCAGCCGUGUAUGGACCACGACAGAAGUGAUGGUGAGGGUGUCGGACCUCAGGAAUACACUGGAAUCAAGAUCAAGGUUCUGGAGUGGGCAGAUGAGGCGAAGGCCGAAAUCGAGGGCAAGCUACCGGCCGGUGCCAAUGUCUACAUGGUUGCUGCAACUCUGCGACCAGAGACUAUGUACGGUCAGACUUGCUGUUUUGUUGGACCUACCAUCACCUACGGAAUUUUCCAGGUUUCGGAGACCGAGUUUUACUUGUGCACGGAGCGUGCGGCCCGCAACAUGGCCUACCAGAAGAUCUUCCCCGAGGAGGGCAAGUUCCCUUGCGUUGCCAACGUCCAAGGAAAAGCUCUGGUUGGAACCCUCGUCUCGGCUCCGCUUUCGGUUCACACAGAGGGUGUUCGUGUUUUGCCCAUGGAGACUGUCCUUGCCACCAAGGGAACCGGCGUGGUUACCUCCGUGCCUUCCGACUCCCCCGACGAUUAUGCCACCGUUAUGGAUCUAGCAAAGAAGGCCGAGUUCUACAAGAUCAAGAAGGAGUGGGCAGAGCUAGAAAUUCCGCCCAUCAUCAAGACGCCUUCAUACGGUGACAAGACCGCCGAGUUCCUGGUCAAGAAGCUCAAGAUCAACUCUCCCAAGGAUGCUAAGCAGCUGGCUGAGGCCAAAGAACUCGCAUACAAGGAAGGUUUUUACCAGGGAAUCAUGUUGGUUGGGGACUUCGCUGGCGAGAAGGUAGAGGUCGCAAAGCCCAAAGUUCGGGAGCAGCUCUUCAAGAGCGGCUUGGCGUUUGCCUAUGCCGAGCCCGAAGGAGCCGUCACCUCCCGCUCCGGAGACGUUUGCAUUGUCGCCCUUCUAGACCAGUGGUACCUCGAUUACGGAGAGAAGGAGUGGCGUGCGAAAACCGAGAGCCUCGUAGCUGGUAAAUUGAACUCGUACCACCCCGAGACUAAGAACGGACUGAUAGCGAACCUCGCGUGGCUCAACCAGUGGGCGUGCGCAAGAUCCUACGGCCUUGGUAGCAAGCUCCCCUGGGACCCCCAGUUCUUGGUCGAGAGUUUGUCCGACUCUACGGUGUACAUGGCAUACUACACUAUUGCACACUACCUCCACGGCUCGAUCGACGGCAAGGCACCUGGUCUCUCCGGUAUCUCGGCAGAUCAGAUGGCGGAUGAGGUCUGGGACUACCUCUUCUGCCAGCGUGAGCUCCCCAAGGAGAUCAUUGAGAAGUACAACUUGCCCAUGGACUGGUUGGAGAAGAUGCAACGCGAGUUCCAGUACUUCUACCCUCUGGACGUCAAUGUUUCGGGCAAGGAUCUUAUUCAGAAUCAUCUUACAUUCUUCCUUUACAUCCACGUCGCGAUCUUCCCACCGCAGUACUGGCCGACGGGUAUCCGUGCCAACGGUCAUCUCAUGCUUAACGGUGACAAGAUGAGCAAAAGUACUGGAAAUUUCUUGACGCUCAGUGAGACUGUGGAGAAGUUCGGUGCCGAUGCUGCUAGAAUUGCUUUUGCAGAUGCCGGUGAUGGUGUUGAGGAUGCCAACUUUGAGGAGAAGGUCGCAAACGCGGCUAUUCUCAGACUGUACACUUUGAAGGAAUGGUGUGAGGAGAUUGUCAAGGAGGCGGAUGCUGGCAAGCUGAGAACUGGCCCCAAGGACUCUUUCUGGGACCAGAUCUUCGAGAACGAAAUGAACGAGCUCAUUGAAGCUACCAAGGAGCAUUACGCCGGGACCUCAUACAAGCUUGCCCUCAAAACCGGUUUCUACGAGUUCCAGGCCGCAAGAGAUACCUACCGUGAGGCUACAGCCGCCAUCGGCGGAAUGCACAAGGACUUGGUUCUGGACUGGAUCAAGAACCAAGCUCUCAUGCUGAACCCUAUCGCCCCUCACUGGGCUGAAUACGUCUGGCAGGAGCUUUUCAAGAAGACUACCACGGUCCAAAACGAGCUGUUCCCCAAGGCUUCUGCGCCCAUCUCUGCGGCCCUCACGGCUGCCAGAAACUACGUGCACAACGUCAACAGCAGCGUCACGUCGACCGAGGCCGCACAGCUCAAGAAGAAGGCGAAGGGCAAGGGAACCACCUAUGACCCCAAGAAAGCCAAGCAGCUCGCCGUCUAUGUCGCUCUGGGAUACCCUGGCUGGCAGGAGAAGUACAUCGACCUUGUGCGUGAGGCCUUCGACAAGGUCACGCUCUCCGUCAAUGACAAGGAGCUCAGCGCAAAGGUGUCGAAAAUGGGAGAGAUGAAGAAGGCUAUGCCGUUCGUGCAGGGUCUCAAGAAGAGGCUUCAAUCGGAGUCGCCCGAUACGGUCUUCAACCGCAAGCUGGCUUUCAACGAGGUGGAGACACUGAAGGGCAUGGUGCCCGGUCUCAAGAGGCUUACCGGCGCUAAGAAUGUGGCCAUUGUCGUUGUCGACGAGGGUGGAAAGACUGGCAAGACUGUGGAUGGAGAGGUCGUUGAAACGCUGCCGCCACUGGCCGAGGGUGCUGAGCCUGGUAACCCGAGGUACGAGUUUACCAACGUUGAGUAGACACUUGCACGUAGAUUAUGCUUAGGUAGAUCUGGGUCAUCUGGGGAAUCCAAAAAAAGACGAUUGCGAGUGAUGGUUGAUUCGGAUAAGCAACCCGCCAAGAACGUGCGGGGCUCGAUAAGAGAAGGCGGGACAUCUGCCUGGUG